GGGGGGAAGAACUUCUUCAACCUCACACCUGCAUUGAGAACGAAAGAGGGCUUCAACUUCAGAAUGGAGGAGCACGUGUACAAUGAGAGAGACGCCAUGUCGAAGGGCAAUAAGACCAUCUACCCGGACAACGUCGCCAACACAAGUGCCCGUGGAGAACUGCAUAUGCCACGUUCCCCAUCCGUUGCUGGAGAAUCCGCCGCCGGGGGUGAUGGGGGUGAUGGGAACGACAAUGACGGAGGGUCGGGGCGGGAGUUCGGCUUUAGUGCAGGCAGCACGGGAGGGAACUGCAAGAGGAAGAACAUGCGCCAACAGACAUUCGAGGCCAUUGCUGAAGUCAUGGACAAGCACGGCGCAUUGAUGGCUGACACUGUCGAGGGGGCCAGCAAGCGACAAUGUUCCAUUUUGGAGCGGCAGUACGACAUUCUCGAGCCGGUGACAGUGGUGGCCAAAGCUGGACGCGGCGACAAAACACCUGUCCAGGCCGUGCGAAGUCCUCGCGUCGAUCCGUCGAAUACCGUAGCCGGGUCAUUGGGCAGGGUGCUUCUGAAUCAGGUACCGAACGUGUCAAGCGGGGCUGUCCACGACGCCGCCAACACCGGGUGGGAAAGGCGAGAAGAGGGGACGCGGGAGGAUGCGGGAAGGAAAGAGCAGACGACGGACCGUACUCCGGCGGCCGCCGCCGCCACCGACGAACCUCUUGCGAAGUGGAAUAAAAGAUCGCGGCAGGAGGACGACUUAGACACAAAGUCGAAGCUGUGGACGGACGAAAAGUCGUUCUGGGGGGCAGGACCUGGUUGCCUAAUCGCCGACACUGUGCACUCUUGCGCAGACUACUACUACGCGAUCGACGAUCGUGAAUGGUGACGCUAGCGCCAGCGCUCCCGCAGGCCUAAUCAUGCCAACGGAUGACGGGUCCCGCUUCCGGAUCG